AUGAGGAUGCAGUCACGAAGAUCAUCAUCAAAUACUGCUGCAAAUGCAGAAAUGCCUCCAAAACUGGAGAGGAAGCACGUGGAGAAGAAGCGGAGGGAAAACUUGAAGUUCCUCUAUAACCAUCUCUUCUCUCUUCUCCCAACUCAUCAUAUUUCUCCGGGAACAAUGGCCUUGCCAGAUCAAGUAGACGAAGCCGUGAAUUACAUAAAAACUUUGCAGAAUCAACUGGAGAAAAGCAAGCAGAAGAAACAAGAAUUAUUAUCGGAGCAGCAGAUUCAAAUUCGAAGCACUACAAUUCCCAGAAAAAGACCUCACUAUUACUCUUCCUCCUCCUCAUCAUCUUCUUGCAGUAAUUCAACCAGCAAACAACCUCUGAUCCAAAUUCUCGACAUCGGACCGGACAUUGACGUUGUUCUGAUCGACGGUCUGGAAGACAUGGCUGCGUUUCACAACAUCAUCAGAACACUCCACGAACACGGCCUUGAAGUUGCCACUGCCAUUUUUCAACCCCGCGGAAACUCCACUCUGCAGAUUCUCCACCAACAAGGAUUCGGAGGUACUAAGACAGUGUACGAGAAACUAAAACAAGCAGCGGUUAAUGGAUCCUCCGGCAGUGAACCAGAAUCAUUAGAUUCCUGGGAUUUCGACAUUUGGGGAUUCCCUAUACUAGAAACAUCCCAAGAACAACUUCAGAAUCCACCACCAUACUGCAUAGACAACUCAACUGAUCAUGAGUAA